AUGGCACAGUACGUCCCUCAGAUCUCGUCUGAAUCCCUUCAGGACAAGGUGGUUCUCAUUACUGGAGGUGCCAAUGGGAUCGGUGCAAGUCUCGUACAGCAAUGUUUGGAGAGCGGCGCCAACGUUUGCUUCGGCGAUCUAGAUAACGUCGCUGGCGAAGGCCUGUUGCGAAAGUGCCAGGAUGGAUUCCCUCCGGAGGAGCCCGACCUGCCCACUCGCACCAUCUUCCAGACCACCGAUGUAACCAACUAUCAGUCGGUGCUCGCGCUUUUCGACCUGGCCUUCAACACCUACAAGCGCAUCGAUCACGUCGUCUCUGCGGCCGGCAUCGUAGAGAUCGGCAACUGGUUCGACUUCGGACUCACCCUGCAGAGUGUCCGCGAGAAACCUACCCACAAGGUGUUGGAUGUCAAUCUGCUUGGCUCCAUGUACGUUUCGCGCAUCGCCUCCGUCUAUCUGCGUCAUAACCGCGGUCCCGGCUCCGAUCGUUCCAUUCUCCUCUUCUCGUGUCUGGCUGGAUUCAAAGAGAGUCCGUCUCUGUUUGUCUACCAGGCCGCGAAGCAUGGCGUGGUAGGCCUCAUGCGUUCCCUGCGCAACUACGUCUCCUCGCCCUAUAAGCAUGCCUUGCGCGUCAACACCGUCUGCCCCUGGAUGACCCAAACCGAAACUAUCAAGAAUGUCGAGCAGCAGUGGAGAAAUGCCAAUCUGCCGACUAACAGCGUCCGUGACGUUUCUACCGUGGCGGCCAGCAUUCUGGCCGACAAGUCCUUGAACGGCACAUCCAUGUUUAUCGAGGGCGGUCGUGCGUGGGAGAUCGAAGAGAAUAUCGACCGACUCGAACCCCAAUGGCUCGGUGAAGGUCCAUCCAAGGCCCUCGCAGCGGGACAGGAGCUGCUCGAUGACGGCUCCAUUUGGACUGCUCGACCCCGAAAGAAGAGCCACAUUUCGAACGGUAUCCCGCCUGGAGUCCCCGAGGAGAAACUCAACGGGAUUCAAAACGGUAUCGCCAACGGCCUGACCAACGGUCACGGCAACGGCAUUACCAACGGAGUGCAUUAG